UGGCUCUGCUGGAGGGUGAAAGCAGCUGUCUGGCUAAGGGCCUGUCACCAGUCACCAGGAACAAUGGAUUACUCAAUAUCACCUUUAAAUAUGACAAUUGCACGCCGUAUCUCAAUGCCGUGGGAAAGCACGUCAUCGGCGAUGUGCAGAAUAUCACAAUCAGUCAGUAUUCGUGUUACGAACAGGUCGCAGUGACAAUACUUUGGACGGCAAAUACCAUUGGAAUUGAAAACCUAAAAGGAUUUCGAGUAAUACUUGAGGAGUUAAAAUCAGAGGGAAGACAAUGUCAGCAGAUGGUUUUAAAAGAUCCAAAGCAACUCAGCUCCAGUUUUAAAAAAACAGGAAUGGAAUCUCAGCCUUUUGUAAACCUGAAAUUUGAAACAGAUUACUUUAUAAAGAUUGUUCCUUUUCCUUCCAUUAAAAACGAAAGCAACUAUCACCCAUUUUUCUUCCGAACUCGACCAUGUGAAUUGCUUCUACAGCCGGAAAACCUUGUCUGCAAACCUUACUGGAAGCCAAGGAAUCUGAAUGUUACCCAGCAAGGCUUUAACAUGCAAGUGUCUUUUGAUCAUGCACCGCACAACUUUGGGUUUAGAUAUUACUUUCUUCACUACAAGCUUAAGCAUGAAGGACCAUUUAAGCAGAAGACCUGCAAACAGGAGCAAAAUACAGAUACUACAAGUUGCCUUCUUCAGAAUGUAUCUCCGGGGGAUUAUAUAAUUGAGCUCGUGGAUGACACUAACACAACAAGGAAAACAAUGCAUUAUGCACUAAAACCAGUACAUUCUCCCUGGGCUGGACCAAUAAGAGCUAUUGCCAUUACCGUCCCCUUAGUCGUCAUUUCAGCGUUUGCAACGCUUUUCACAGUGAUGUGCCGCAAGAAGCAGCAAGAAAAUAUAUAUUCCCAUCUAGAUGAGGAGAGUUCGGAAUCUUCAGCGUAUGCUGCAGUGCUCCAUGUGGAAAGACUUCGUCCCCGGCCAAAAGUGUUCAUCUGCUAUUCCAAUAAAGAUUGCCAGAAACAUAUUAAUGUCAUCCAAUGCUUUGCUUAUUUUCUACAGGACUUUUGUGGCUGUGAGGUGGCUCUAGAUUUAUGGGAAGAUGUAAAAUUUUGUAAGGAAAGGCAGAAAGAGUGGCUUAUUAACAAAAUAAAUGAGUCCCAAUUUAUCAUCAUUGUGUGUUCCAAAGGAAUGAAAUACUUCAUUGAGAAGAACUGGAAACACAGAGUGGUAACCAAAGAUGCAGGGAAAGGGGAACUCUUUCUGUUUGCUGUGUCAGCUGUUGCUGAGAAGCUUCGUCGGGCAAAGCAGAAUUCAAAUGACCUCUGCAAGUUCAUUGCAGUCUACUUUGAUUACUCCUGUGAAGGAGACAUCCCUGGUAUUCUGGAUCUAAGCACAAAAUACAAACUUAUGGAUGAUCUCCCUCAGCUUUAUUCACAUUUACACUCCAGAGAUCUUAACCCACAGGAUUCAGAGCUGUUUCCUGUGAAUAUUAGUAAAAGGAAUUAUUUCAGGAGCAAAUCUGGACGGUCCCUUUAUGUUGCUAUUUGUAAUAUGCAUCAGUUCAUUGAUCAGGAGCCAGAUUGGUUUGAGAAACAGUUUAUUCCUUUUCCUCCAUCUCCUCUACAUUACUCAAAGCCUAUUAUGGAAAAAUUUGACUCUGGCUUGGUUUUAAAUGACUUGGUGAGUAAACAGAUGUCAGAUGGUGAUUUUUACCUGAGAACAGAUGGAAAUAUUAUUUCAGCUGUAAAUUCAGACUCUCACUGUAUAAUUCAGCACUUAAACCUUGGAGAAGAAACUCAGGACAUUCAAGGUGCCAACUCUGUUCUUCAGCCAUUGCUACAUGUUGUUAAAGCUUCCAAUCUUACAGAUAUGCCUCGAGAUUCUGGAAUCUACGAUUCUUCUGUUCCUUCGUCAGAGUUAUCUUUACCUUUAAUGGAAGGACUGUUGGCAGACCAAAUGGAAACAUCUUCCAUUACAGAAAGUGUUUCUUCAUCAUCAGGUUUAGGGGAAGAAGAACCUCCUGUAAUCACUGCCACAAAAUUUUUAGUGCCUGGAAUAUACAAAGCAGAACUUCAUUGCCAURUCCAUACUGAUGAACUGCAGGCAAUUGCACCUUUGUAAUAUGUUACCACAUUGUUAUGCAUUGCCACUUUAUCAACAGCCUCUGUUUGUGCUUUAACUACCACACUUUCCCAGCACUAAACCUUCUUGAAGGAACAAAUAUACCCCAAAAAAACUGCCAUUCCUAAGAGAUUUAUAUGKCAAGCAAACUUGAACCUCUCAGUCUUUGUUAUAUCAAGUCUUUCAUGAGCUGAAAAGUACAG